UUCAGUUAUAAGUUAUAACUUUGUCCCUAAUUACUCCGUAUAUUUCCAUAACAAUACACCUCUUAAUUCUUAAACAAAAUAAUUACUUCCUCAGCUAGGAUAAAGAAAUACUCCAGAAUAUACGGAGUAUAUAAUUAACAAAAGUAAUCCAUGUUGGUGAUAUUUACUAGCUGUCCCAACGGUGAACGCGUAUAGAGCGAGUCUAGCGGCCAGGAAGUUUAAAUAUUUGCAGAAAGAUCUUUAUAUCUCCAUAUGAUUCAUGUUUCUCUUCAUUUCACUCUACCACCUCAGCACUCAAUAAAUAAAAUCACUUUCUCCUUCCUCCGCACUCUCAAAAACACUCUUUCACCAGCUCAUUCCCACACAUUCCUGGCCUCGUCGGAGAUAGGCGGCGCGGCGCGGCGUCGUCAGCCUGACUGAACCCUCUCCGGUGGUGAUCUGAUUAAUGUAGGGUGAGUUUUGUACGUGGAUUUUCGUAAAUAAAAUGCAUGCAUGGAGCCUUUGUGCGAGUAUUGUGGAGUGGUGAGGGCAGUCGUGUAUUGUAGAUCGGAUUCCGCCCGCCUCUGCCUCCACUGCGACGGCUGCGUCCACUCCGUCAACGGCCUGGCGCGGCGACACCAGCGAUCUCUGGUCUGCGACCGAUGUAAUUCCGAGCCGGCGACGAUUAGGUGCAUGGACGACGACAUUUGCAUUUGUGCUUCCUGUGACUGGGGCUGCUCCGCCCAGGGCCACCGCUGUAAGGGUUUGUUUCCGUACACCGGAUGCCCUUCUCCGGCGGACUUCACCACCAUGUGGUCUUCCGUUCUUGAAUCUUUGCCUGACGAUCAUCAGCACCCAAAUAUUAAUAACAAUAUCACUAAUGAGAAUUACAUUAAUACUACUAUUACUACAACUAAUAAUAAUAUUAGUGGUAUUGACAAUAAUAAUGUUAAUUCGGCUACCUGCUUGGCGGCCGAAUUGAAUAAUAGUAAUGGUAAUAGUAAUCAGGGAUUUGUGGCUAGUCGACUCAACGAGUUGGCCACAUGUCUGAAGUUCGAUCCAACGCAGCCGUGGGUCGAUCCUUCACAGCCGCAUCAUGACACUGCAUCCUUCACGACGUUUGGUAGCAGAGACGAAAUGCCCUUCACCGCAGGCGGUGCCGUCGAACCCAAUAGCCUAAACAAGAGUUGUGACAAUUCAAGGAGUACUCUAGGGCUUAGUGAAGGUUGUGGUAUUUGCCAGAGCGUAAGGAGGGGCACUGAAGAAGACGUUCCAUUGAGUUUCAAUGGGUAUGAUGAGAUGUUUAGCCAAUGUCAGCCAAGAUUUAAUGGAGACGAUGGAGGACUGGCUGCUUGCCUGCAGGCAAUGGAUAAUACCUUCUCAGGCACUGAAUCUAGCAGCCAUCUUACUUCGUCCUCAGGGAAGCCGCUAGAACGCCGCAUGAGUUUAGAUUCCUUGCAUAAUAUGGGCGGUUCCUCCAUAACCAGUAUGUUACCCAACAUGGGCGUCAUCCCCCGCAUGAAUACUAACUGCGGCAUCCUCAUGAACCCUAAUUGCAUAAAAAACAACAUUGGCUUAGUAGGGUUCCCGCCGCCGACCGGGCAAGUCCUUUCCGGCGGCGGCAUGUCCAUGGCUCUUUCCAACGUCACCGGAGACAGCUGCGUGGCGGAUUAUCAAGACUGCGGCUUGUCGCCGGCGCUUCUUAACGCCGAACCCAAAUGGGAGUCCAACUUUGAAGUCACAUGCAGCCCACAGGCACGUGACAAGGCCAAGAUGAGAUACAACGAGAAGAAGAAAACAAGAACGUUUGGGAAGCAAAUAAGAUAUGCAUCACGGAAAGCCAGAGCUGAUACAAGAAAGCGUGUAAAGGGUAGAUUUGUUAAAGCUGGCCAAGAGUUUGAUUUUGACCCCCAAAAACAAUAGCUAAAGGAUAUUUAUUCUGAUCGAUCUGUUCGUUAUUGAUUUAUUUAAGGCCUUACAUGGGCAUUAUUGCUUUCAAUCAAGGGUGUAAAUAUGGUUUUGUUGGAGGACCUGGCUUCACCAUUUGUUCGACUAUGUUGGCUUCUCAUGGGUAAAUUAAAUACCCAUAUGCUUGAUCACAGCUACACCGAAUUGUUAUUCAAUUCAUGCCAAUAAGCAGUGCCAUUGAGUUUCAUGCAUGAUGAUGAAGGCCGCUACAUGAAUUCUCCACAUAUACAUAUAUGCCCAUUCAGUCCUACUAUCAAAUAUAACUGCUCAUCUUUAUUCAACUACUCGUAUAUGUUACAUUUUGAAGGGGGAGACACUUCAUGAAGAAAUAUAUACCUUAUACAUACAGAAAAUAUCGAUAUUCAAUAAUAUAGAUCGGUUUCUUACUAUUUUAAUUCAUUCCGGGUAUAAUUGGGAUAUUAUACAUUUAUGUUUUCCUGUGAUGAAUACAAAUAAUUCAACCCAUAUACAUAGGAGGUAUUUCCUUCUAUGUAUCAAUGGAAUUGUGGAUUGAGGUAUUCUUUUUUAUUUUCUACGGAGUAGUAUUUAUGGAAUGAUGAUGGGGGAGAAUGUGGUCUGAAUGUAAUUUAUCGUUAAUAAAUUGCUUAACCGUCUCUUUGAAUCCUUUCUCGUAUAUGAUAAUCAAUAACUA